AUGACGAUAUACAAAUCGAACUAUCCGCCAGUGCCGAUCGGGACCCGACCAAUUUGUGACGAACUUCUCGACGCCAUCUGGAAAUACGGAAGACAAACACCGGACCGGCCGGCUUUUGUAGGUUUUAGAUAAAAUUUCAGUCUGUCGGGAGAGUAAUGAGCACGAAAGUCGCAUCGCCGCUGGGAAAAUUAAUUGCCUCAAAUUGCUUUGUACUUCAGCGACGCUCAUUAUUUUCCCGGCAAACUGAUAGCUUUAUUUACUGGCAACUGGAAUUAUGACCUUUUUCCAAGGCAUUGCUCAAAUUCUGUCUAAAAUUAGACACACAUAUUAGGCAUAGAACCCAUAGUAAGGCCUGAAAAUUUUAGCUUUCGCUUUGCAAUAGUAGCCGAGAUAUUCAACGAUCUCUACGGCCAAGUGAGCUGGCAAAAGGAGGAUAGCAAUUGUAGUGAACCUGGUAGCUUGUAGGAAGAUAUUCAGCUGUUUUACAAUUAGCCGAGGCGGUUAGAAGGAAGACUUUUUUAGCCGUUCAUGGUUUGGCCCGUUUUCCUUGGAAAAAAAUGAUUUUUUGUGGAAACAUGCUAGAAACAAGUAUAAAACUUUGCAUGCCAAAAUUUGAAAAAAGGUGCCAUAUUUUUGCUAACUUUCGAUCUAAAAAUCUCGGUGGUUUUUGCAAGCCACGACUUAGGAAUCUCGCAUAUUUCUUAUAAAGUCUUAGCCUAAACUUCUCCAAGUUUUAUUAAAAUCUGACUAUCGUUCUUAGGCCACAACUACAAUCAGUAAAAACAUCAUUCGAUUGUGUUUUAAUACAGCUUAAAAUUACAUCAAUUUCAGAUCAAUGCGGAGACCGGCGCCAAAGUCACGUUCCACGAACUGUACUACAAAUCGUACUCGUUGGCCGCCUUUUUAGAGGAAAAAGGCUUCGGCAACAAGCACAUUGCAUGUGCCGUGAUGAGGAACUCCUGGGAGUAUUUCGCGGCUUUCUUGGCGUGCGGUAUCGUCGGCGGAGCGUUGAGUGGGGCGAGUCCGCUGUUUGGAGAGUGUAAGUCGACUUACGUUGUUAACUAGUACAUACUUGUAUAUGCAUAUACCUCUGUAAUGUCAUAAUAAGAGUGUUUUCGUCACGUUUGAAUCAAAAAAAAUUUGUUUAUAGAGUAAAAGUUGGCUUAUAUCGCUAAAUUUGCGGCAAAUUUGUGAUCAACUAGUUAAAAAUAGACCUCUAUACCACUACAAAGUUUUAAUAAUUGUCUUUUCAUACUCUUCAAGGCAACUUUUUUUUAUUUUUUUUGCCAGCGGCAAUCCAAAAAUCGCUCUCACGAUGCCCGCAUUAUCUAUAAAAAGUCAUCCCUUGUACUCGACUGCUUAUUAACGCCUCGUUUUUCAUUUCAGUUGAGCUCCAGCAGCAGUUCAACGACAGCAAAGCCAACGUGGUUUUCUGCAUGGAUUACUCGCUUCAGAACGUUCUCGACGCCCAAAAGAAGUGUCCAGGAGUCAAGGUAAGUUGCUUCGCAGAGCUAAACAUAGUCUUAGGAAGGUAAAAUACGACGUCGUUCAUAACCGCUAUCUUUAAAUUUACGACCUCACUCAAAUCAUCCUCAUCUUUUCAGACAAUCAUUCUCUGCGGAGAAUACAACGGGGUCUUGCCUUCGGGCGUCAUUCGGUUCGAGGAAGUCGUAAAGCACUCACCUCAGGUGAAGAAUGUCCGAGGUCCGGUCGAUAUCGACAAGGACGUGGCGUUCUUACCAUACUCCAGUGGAACCACUGGCCCUCCAAAAGGAGUCAUUCAGAGUCAUCGCGGCUACUGGUCGAUGAUCAUUAUUCUCAGAAAGUGAGUGGAUGUUAAGUGCUCAAAGUGCGGCGAUAAGAUUAAUUUAACCUUCAUACUGUUGGAGGACCUGAUCCAGUGGCAAAAAAGUACCAUUUUGCAUCCGAGAAGUAUGAAAAAUGCAGUAAAAUACCUCCCUCGCCAAGCGGAAAAACUCCGAUUUCAAAAGCUCUUUUUCAUAACGGAGUUUUUUUUAGUUGGAGAAGGAGAAAUUUUGCCACAUUUUUGAUACUUCCCGGAUGCAAAAUGAUACGUUUUUUGCCACUGCAUCAGGUGCCCCUCUGUAUGUAUUAAAUAAUAUGUAAAUGUCUUAGUGUCCUCGAAACCUUGGUCAUGCAACGAAUGGACUCGAAUUGGGACUGGCGAGAGGAACAUAUUCACAUCCUACUACCUAUGUAUCAUAAUUACGGGUUCAGUAUUGCGGUGCUGGCGGUUUGGGUUGGAUCGACCAGUGUUAUUGUCGAGAAGUUCACGCCCGACAUAUUGUUCAAGAGCAUCCAGGAUUACAAGGUAAAAUACUGUCUUAAAUUUCUAUAACAAAUUGUAGACUGCCAAAAAAAAAUCUUUAUAAAAAGGUCUUGUUCUACAGAGGUUUUUUUGCCAAAAAAAUAUUUUUUUAACUGUCAGUUUGUCGGGAAAAUAAUGAGCAAUCUGUCGAUAUCGAAAUUUUACAUUAUUUUCCCGACAGACUGAUAGUAGAAAGUUUUUGUUGUAGAGAGGGUUAUUUUGGAAACUGAUUUUUUGGAUUUUUGAAGCAUUAGUUUGUUAAAGUGAGAUUUUCAAAUAAAAAAAAUUCCAGAUCCGUCUCUGCAACAUGGUCCCACCAAUGCUGAUCAUCAUGGCCAAAGCUCCAGUCGCCCUGAAAUACGACCUCUCCUCCGUGCAGUACAUUCUCUCCGGAGCGGCGCCGCUCAGCCGAGAAGUCAUCGAGCAGGUCCGCGCACGUUUCCCCAGCAUACGAAUGAUCGGGCAGGGCUACGGAAUGACCGAAAUGAGUAUGGGCUCGCAUAUUGCGGAGUACGCGCCGGAUUACCCGCUGGGAUCGGUCGGGAAGAUCGCUCCGAACUUUGAGCUGAGAGUAAGUUGAGGGGAAAGACCUGCGACAAAAAAACGAAGCGAGUUUUUUCGUCGCAGGGGCUGUGAGAUCUACUACAGAAACUACAGAAGAAGUUGGCAGAAAACGGUCUCGAUUUACAGGGCAAUAGCUCAAAAUUAGACGUUCAGAUUUUGACGAGUUUUAGCAGAAAUAUAGAGCCGUCAUUUCUCCACCACAAGACCCCAUUUAUCCGCCUAAUAAACAACGAAUCUUCCAGAUAAUCGAUCCGGACACCGACGAGCCGGUAAAGCCGGGACAACCCGGCGAGUUCCGCGUCCGCUCCCCCACCUUGAUGGUCGGCUAUUUCAAUCGGCCGGAGGCAACGAAAGAAUCGUUCGACGAGCUCGGCUUCCUCAAAACCGGCGACAUCGGCUACAUGGACGAGAAGGGCUGGUGCUACAUUGUCGACCGACGCAAGGAGCUGAUCAAGGUCAAAGCUCAUCAGGUUCCGCCGGCGGAGCUGGAAGCGCUGCUGCUUUCGAACAAGCGGAUCGCCGACUGUGCCGUCAUCGGGGUUCCGGACGAUCGGAAUGGCGAAGUGCCCAAGGCGUUCGUCGUGAAAGCGGACCCGAAAUUGACCGAGAAGGACGUGACUGAGUUUGUUGCGAGUAAGUUGGUGGGAAAUUCUGAGGAGCCCAUAGUGUAAUAUAUUUAUCUACCAGGCUCUAAGUCCCAUCGGAAGGAAUGUUAUCACUCUGUCGGGAAAAUAAUGCGGAUUUGUCGCAGGAAAAAGUAUUGCCUCGUGGCAUUCGCAAAUCUCAAGUCUAGGGGAGCCGUCAAAAAACGGUGAUGAAAGAUUGAAAGGCGCGACGAAUCCACAUUAUUUUUCCGACAGAAUAAUAAACAAUAACUGUAAUUUACACACUCCUAAGCGCAGAAUGGUUUCAAAUUUCGUUGACGCCUUCAAAUUAGUAACCAAAAAUGCAGUUUCGUUCUGCAAAGCGCGAACUAAAAGCCUCCUAAGGGUUUCAUUUUUUAGAAAAAAAUCGAAAUUGUUUCAAAGCUUCCUCUAGCCCUCAAUCACACUAUGCGAAUUUUCACUAUAAAAAAUUAAAUAUUAAUUUUCUUUCAGAGAACGUUGCCAAGUACAAACAACUAGUUGGAGGUGUUGAAUUCCUCAAAGAGAUCCCCAAGAGCCCUUCCGGAAAGAUUCUGCGGCGAUUCCUGCGAGAUAGCGAGAUGAAAAAACGAAAAUCCAAACUUUGA